AUGCCGGAUAGGUUCCUCUAUGAUCUUCAGGCAAUUCUUGCGGGCUCGUCUUUUGAGCCGAGAGACCCGUUCUCUAUGCACAUCGCCAUAUUUGAUCAGGUCGUAAAGCUAUAUGAUAGAUCCGUGUGGCGACUGCGUGAUAGCAUUCGUCGUAUUGAGAAAAAUAGGCAUAUCGCCGGACCAGACUUUGAGGGAAUGAAUGACAUGUCCAGGCACUCGAGUCAUAUUGCCGAGGUCCUUGAGGUAACGAUACAAACAUUGGGAAGCAUUCAAGAGCAGCAGCCGCCUGUCUAUGAAGCUCUUCCCUUUGUAUUGGACAAGACAUAUAAAGCACAGACACGGGAGUAUGUAAAGUUCCAGCUGCAAAUAAUUAAUAAUCUUCUUCGGCGCUCGAAGUCGAAUCAUGAAAGACUGAAAAGUGAGAUUUCAGCGGCAUACAAUAUGAUUGUCAUGCAGGACAGCUCAGCAAUGAAGUCCAUCGCAUUCUUGACCAUGUUGUUUUUGCCUGCUACAUUCGUUGCGGUACCUAUUCCCCUUCCUUAA